UAGACAGAAAGAUCAAAACGAAGACCGGCGGUUUCUUGAUUUUAUAUGGAAACGCAAAGACAACCUUGAAAUCCAGGCACAAAAUCAACAGUACAGGCGACUGAAUCAACUACCUCCUGAUUUUGCAGAAUAUUUUAUUUUCGGUUUGAUCAAGUAAUUUCAAUAAAUAGCCUCCGUGAAGCUCAGUUGACAGUGUUCCGAUCCAUCCCAAUCAAUUUGAAAUAUGGACGACUUCAAAGGCAGGGAGAAUAUGCUUAAAGGGGUGGCAACAGCAGUAUCGCUUGUGACGGUCGGUUUAACUGGAGGAUCAUAUUUUAGAACUGACGGCGGAGAUCAAUUUGCAUUGGUUAUGACAAUCUUUGCGUUCAUAUAUUCACUCAGCUUGGUCAUUUUAAUAGUAUUGAAAAAGAUGCCUACGACAACUCAGUUCUUUAAAAUGGAAGCGAUUGCUUAUUUAGUUUUUGUGGUACUCUUAGCUAUUGCAGCGAUUAUUUUUCUGGUCUUGACAUGUCGAUUACCAAAAUACUUUGGCAAUUCCUAUUUAGCAACGAGGAUCUUUGCAAUGAUCUUCCAAUUCGCGACUGCAGCGAUUUUUGCAUGGAUCUUAUACGAAAUUUACAAAAAAAUCAAGAAAUAACGCGAAAAAACCAGCAAAUUGCUUUUAAUGAUUCCGUUUUUG